AUGACUCUGAGGAAAAAUAAAAAAGAAAGAAUAAAAGCAGCCGAGAAGAUCCAGGCCUGGUUGCGUGGAACCCUGGUGCACCAGACAUUGUUACACGCAGCCCUCAAGGCCUGGAUCAUUCAGUGCUGGUGGAGACUGACAAUGGACAGGCUGUGGCAGAAGAAGCGGAGGGCAGCCCUGAUUUCCUACGCACACACAGAGAGGGCAGUGGUCAAGCUCCAGGCUUUGGUCUGUAUGUGGCACAUCCACUGGUGUUACUGCCAGGUGCUCAAUGCCAUCUACAUGAUCCAGUACCACUGGCAAGGCCACAACUACCAGACCUGUGCUCUUCUCCGGGGCCACUGUGUAGUCACAGCCACUCACCUGCAGUUCCACAUUGAAAUCAUCAACCCCUAAGGGAUGGCAAGAAGCGGCACUGUCUCCUGUCCUCAGUAAAGGUCUAACCUGAUCUGGUAUGUCUCAUGGUCUCCCCACCAGCUAAUGGAAAUUUUAGGACUUAAGCCAUGCUGCCUCCUCUUCUCCCUGGGAAAGAACUUUAGUGAGGUUUUUCCCUUGUGCCCAUGAACCCUGUUCUGGACUGACAAUUCCAUAUGCUACUUACUUAGUUGUCAAAACAGAAACCAAGGUCCUAGUCUAAUAUAACAGAGCCAGAAGUCCCAGCUCCCAUCCCCAGCCCCAUUCCUUUCUUCUCGCCAGGAAUCUGCGAGACAGGUGAGCUACAUCUUCCUGAAGACUUUGGGUACCUCUGCACAUGAGAACAGACAGUGAGGGUCUUCUCUGUCCGCCUGUAGUUGGGGAUUGACUGGGAUCUCAGAUGCCUCAGACAAGGUAUCUUUGGCAAUCACCUAGUGAAAAGGUCAGCAUGUGGCUGACUCUUCUGGUAGAAGUGCAGUGCAGCCCCAGGUAAAGGACAGGAGGCUGGCCUUAGUGAUAGAUGUGACUGGGCAUGCUGACGAGCAGGUGAUGACCCUGGAGACUGGUAGAAAACAGGAGUUCAUGGCACUUCAACUCCAUCUUCACAAUUCCCUUACCAGAACUCCUCUCCCUGAGGGCUGUGUAGCAAACAGGGCUUCCCCUGAUAUUACCCCCAUCCCUACUCUUGUGUCCAUUCUCACUCCCAUGGUCAUACUAAAGCAAUGCUAUACUCAGUAGCAAUUUCUGUGAUGAUGGAAAUGUUCUGUAUCAGUGCUGUCCAGUGUGGUAGCCACUAGCCACACAUGGCUGUGGAGCACUUGAAAUGUCCCUGGUGCAACUAAAGAAUUGACUUUUAAAUUUUAUUUAAAUUAAUUUAUAUUUAAAUAGCCACAUAUGGCUAGUGCCUAUUCCAUUGAAUAGUGUGGCUCUGGACCUUACCAUUAACCAAUCAGUGUACUGUUGCCCAAAUUGCUUUUUCUGGAGUUUCAUUCUCUUUUUACUUUAUUCUCUCCUUCCAGUUCACCUUUCAAAUACCCCUAAUAGAAUGUUUCUUCAGAUGUGAUAAAGUCUUCCAAUCUAUUGACCCUACCAAUUUUUUUUACAGCCAUCACCCUGACAAACCCUUGUAUCUCUCUUUACCCAGUUCAGAUUCUAUACUUAAUUAUUGUAAUCUCUCUCCUGAACAACUUGAAUUCCCUUGGUCCUCUCUCUGCAAAUGUAUGUGGGAUGAACUUAAUUAUCUACCUGCUCUGUGCCUGCAGAAGAGUGGCAUGGCUAGAGCAAAACACCCAUGAGGCAUGGUCUCGGUUCAUAUUCAUGACUGCAAAUCUCCAUUGGACAAAUUUCCCAAUAAAUUUAUCUGGUGUGUUUGCAUUUCUUUUUUCUGAAUUGAAUAAUUCAUACCACUUCCUCUCCAAAUGCCCAAUUCUACUUCUCCCCUUGAACUCCAUAAUGAUGAUAUAUGUCACCACACACUUAACAGAAGAAAUGGGAGCAGACUGGACCUCCAUCUUCCUACCACCUCAUUCUCCAUCCCAGCUCCAUCUGGACCACACUUGCUGCCUUCCCUCCAAGUGAAAUAAAUGAAGGGUCUUUGAUCCCAUCAAAGGUUAACUCCUCCAUUAUCCUGCUGCCAUCUCAAGGUGUUUGAUCCUGCAUUCAUAACCCCACUAUCCAAAUUAUCAAUGUCUACCUCUUCCAUCUUUAAAAAAUAUGAUCUUAAUCAGUUUCUUUUCCAGUUCUCUGUUUCUCCUCAUAGCAAAUCAUGCCGUCACUGUUUCCACUUCUGUUCCUACUAUUUUCUCUUCAGCCCAUUCCAAUCAGCCUUCUACCCCUCUUACUUCACUGACACUGCACUCAUCAACAUCACCAACAUUGCAACUGACCAAAUCCAAUGGUUAUUUCUCUGUUCUUAUGCAUUCUCUCUACAUUAGGCUACAGAGUUAAUUACUCCCUUCUUAUUGAAAUACAUAAUUUUUUAAAAGCAAACAACAAAAAUCAUACCACUUAAUCCACAGUACUUUAAUAUAUAUCUUUAAUAGAUGAGACCUUUGUAAAAAUAUAACCUCAAUAUUAUCAUAUCUAUCAACAGUCACAAUAAUUCAUAGAAUAUAUAUGUAAUAUCAUAUAUCUUAAUAUCAUAGAAUAUAUAUGUACCUAAUAACUGAGCUUCGAGAUACAUAAAGUAGAAUUCCCCUGUGCCCCUUUGUGGUCACCCACUACUCUCCACCAAACCCUAGCAACCACUGGUCUGUAAUAUGUACGAAUUGUUUUCCCUUUUCCAGAAUGUCAUGUAGAAGGAAUAAUAAUUUGUAGCCUUUUGAAUCUGGCUUCUUUCAUUUAGCAUAAUGUGUCUGAGACCUGUGGUGUUGUGGGUACUCAUUUGUUUUAAUUACUGAGUGGUAUUCCAUUGUAUGGAUGUUAUCAGAAAUUUUUACCAGUUGAAGGGUCUUGGAGUUGUUUCCAGUUUGGGGUGAUUACAAAUUAAUCUGCUAUGUAUAUGUGUGUUUUUUUGUGUGAACCUAAGUUUUGCACUUUAUUUGGUUAAAAACCUAGGAGUGAGAGCUUCCAAUUUUGGUACAAGAUGGUGUCAACUAAUUUUCCCUUCUCCUCCCCUCUAAAUACAAACUAAAUACUCUGAAAAUAAUUCAACAAUCAUAAAAGGACUCUGAAAUAUGGAGAGAUGGCGGAUCAUCUAGGAGUCUCAAGAUUUUAAAAGGUACACCUAGAUGAAUUCUUGUUUUAUCUGUCAUACAUCUCAGACUGGACACCAGAUAUGUCUGCAACCUAAAACCAACAACAGGCAUAGGGAAAGCUAAACAAAACAAACAAAACAAGAAAAGCAUGCUCUCUCUGGUCAAAAGAAGGGGAAGCCCAGCAGAGACUAAGCAGGGAGACCCACGCCUAGUGGCAACAGCAGACUGAAUUGCCUACAGUACUCUUAUAAGCCAACCCAUCCCAUGCCCCACAUGCACUGGCAGCAACAGGCAUGAUCUGCUCACAACAGCAGCAACAGUGGAACCCAGGCUUAUCCACCCACUCCACACCCCACAUCCAUUAGCAGUGGUGACCCAGUCUGUCCUCAGCAGCAGUAAAAGCAGAACCCAUGUGGGCCAACACACUUCAUUUAUCAUCUGCUAACAGAAGCAGGCUUGAUCUACCCACAGCAGCAACAGCAGAACCUGAGCAGAUCAACCCAUCUCCUACCUCAAACUAAAUGGGAGGAGAGAGGGGAUCCUCCUGUACCUCAGCUCCAACAAGCCUAGUAUCUCCUGGCCUUCCAGUCAGUGGCAGAGGCAAUCCAGACCUAGCAGCACCUGGCCAUCCAGCCAGCCACAGAAGAAGAUCCAGAACAGGAACUUCCUGUCCCUCCACCCAACAGCAAAAUGCAGUCCAGGUAGCUCUUCUCUCCUCCAGUGGCACCAGCAGAGACCGGGUGGGACACCCACUGACACCAGGUGGCCAGUGAACAGGCCAGCAUAUUGCUCUCUACCUCAGAAGUCCAACAUCCUAAACCCUCCAUCUAAUGGCAAGAGGGAACCCAGGAAAAUGGCUUCUACCUUGUAGGUGGCACCAGAAGGGAUCCAGUGGAACCAAAAGAAUAAAGCAGACCAGAAUUGCAUUGAAAGAGCCCAGAAAAGAAAAUUCUCAUUGGAAACAGGGCCCACAAAAGUAGGCCAGCAUCUACAUACUAAACCUAAAUAGGAUGCUGCCUUCUAGAAUAGAAGAUUUAAAUGGCCUUGAGAGCCUCCUAAUAUAAUAUCCAAAAUGUCCAGCAUACAAUAGAAAAUCACUCAUCAUACCAAGAACCAAUAAAAGUAUGAUGUUAGAUGUGGAUUCUCUUUAUCAAGUUAAAGUUUGGUAGUUCCCUCUAUUCCUAACUUGCUAAGAGUUUCGUUUUUAUCAUGAAUGGGUGUUGGAUUUUGUCAAAUGGUUUUUCUGUUUCUGACUAUAUAUAGUCAUAUGAUUUUUCUUCUUUAGCCUGUUGAUAUGGUGGAUUGAUUAAUUUUUGAAUGUUUGAAGUAGCCUUGCUUACCUGGGAUAAAUUUAUACUUGGUGCUGGUGUAUAAUUUCUUUUGUACCUUGUUGGGUUUGAUUUUUACCUCUACGUUCCUGAGAGGUACUAAUGUACACUUUUUAAAAAAUUCCCUUUGUCUGAUUUUGAUAUCAAGGUAAUACUGACCUCAUAAAAAUUGGGAGCAUUCUCUCCUUUUCUGUUUCCUGGAAGACAUUAUGUAAAAUUGGUGUGAAAAUUCUUCUUUAAAUAUUUUGUAAAAAUUCUUUAGUGAAGCCAUCUGGGCCUGGAGAUCUCUUUUUAGAGAACUUUUAAAUUACAAAUUCAAUUUCUUUAAUGGCCAAGGGACUAUUCAGGUAUCUGUUUCAUCUGAUUGGGUUGGUAUUGUGUAACUUUCAAACAGUUGAUUAAUUUCUUUUAAGUUGUUGAAUUUAUGAGAAUAAAGUUACUCAUGGUGUGUUUCCUUA